AUGUUGACAACACUGACUUUGGCUGUGCUGGCAGCCGUUCUUCCUACAAAUGCUCUUGUAAGGAAAGAUGGCGUGGGGAGAUUACCUGCUUUAGGCUGGAAUUCCUGGAAUGCCUUUGGCUGCAAUGUCAAUGCUAGUGCCAUCCUCACCGCAGCAAAUGACAUUGUCUCAUUAGGGCUUAAAGAUCUUGGAUACGAAUAUGUGAACAUUGACGAUUGCUGGUCCGUCGUGGGAGAGCGCAAUACCACAACCCAGCGAAUUAUUCCGAAUCCCACGACAUUCCCCGACGGUAUCUCCGGUGUUGCCUCCCAAGUCCACGCUAUGGGGUUGAAGAUCGGUAUUUACAGCAGUGCGGGUGAGACCACCUGCGCGGGAUAUCCUGCCAGUCUAGGCUACGAGAAGGUCGAUGCAGAGGCCUUUUCAGACUGGGGAAUUGACUACUUGAAAUAUGACAACUGCGGCGUUCCAAGCAACUGGGACGACGAGUAUACUGCAUGCGUUCCCGACGGUGACAUUGGGACUAAUCCCAACGGUACUUGUCCGGAUCUCACAGAUCCAGCACCUCCUGAAUAUGACUGGUCCAAGUCUAACACGUCCAUACGAUAUGAUCGGAUGCGUGAUGCCCUGCUCGAGCAGAGUCGGACGAUCUUGUACUCCCUGUGUGACUGGGGUAAUGCCGCAGUAAACACCUGGGGAAUGAAGACUGGAAACUCAUGGCGUAUGUCGGGAGACAUUACUGCCAAGUGGUCUCGUAUCGCUCAAAUAGCCAAUGAGAACAGCUUCUUAAUGAACUACGUUGAUUUCUGGGGUCAUCCAGAUCCGGAUAUGUUGGAGGUUGGAAAUGGUGAUCUCACGGUGGAAGAAAACCGAGCUCAUUUUGCUCUGUGGGCAAUCAUGAAGUCUCCUUUGAUUAUCGGCACGACGCUCAACGAACUGAGUGCUGAUAAUCUCGCCACCAUCAAAAACAAAUACUUGCUCAACUUCCACCAAGAUCCUGUCUACGGUCGUUCUGCUCAUCCCUACAAGUGGGGGUACAACCCUGACUGGACCUUUGAUCCAGAGCACCCUGCUGAGUAUUGGUCUGGUCCUUCGUCGACCAUGAAGGGAACGUUGGUUCUCAUGCUCAAUAGUGAGGACUCGACUGCUACUCGCACUGCGGUUUGGAAUGAGAUUCCUGAGUUGAAAGGUCAUGACUCGUACCGGGUAACUGAUGCUUGGUCUGGUAAGAACUUAGGAUGUGUUCACAAGAAGCACAGUGUUUCUCUGAAUAGCCACGAUGUAUCGGUUCUGUUGGUCAAGGGGAAAUGCUAA